AUGCAGGUGAAGGAUUCUGCGUUCUUGUGGAGGCCCCUGUUCCUCAGUGUGGAGGCCCCUGCCUCUCGGCUUGGGGACACUCAGUCCCCUGUCCCUAACCCUCAGGGACAGGAGGCAGUGCCGCGGAGGGAGGGCUCAGCAGGAGAACAAGGAGCUGAUGAAAUGGAGAUUGGGAGAGACACACCCACUCCCACCCCUCUUACAAAUCACCCUCACCCAAAGGAAACCAGCCCUGAACCUGAGCCGAGCUCUGACCUGACCCCGCCUCAGAUCAGACUAGAGCUGACGAUGUGCAGCACUUUCCAACUCCAUCCAAAAGCAUCAGGCAUGGAUUAUUCAUACUUCUGUAUCAGAGCGUGUUCCGCCGAAACACGCCUCCACGUGACGCGUCACGUGUCUCACAUUUAUAAUACACGCCGCGCGGAGACGGAGAUGAAAAGUUGA